UUGGAACUCUUCAACGUUGUGGCAUGCCACCUGGCGGGUCGAGUUUUGCCGAUUUGCAUGUUUGCUGCGGGUUGACCAGUUCAGUAUAAUUUUAUUCCAGAGGGAGCAUUGUAAAUUACCAUAUAACAGAGAGGAUGUCCAGCACUGCUGUGUGCAGCCAUUGUGGCUGUACGGACAUCGACAAGGAUCCAGCAAGAGGAGAUGCUGUCUGUACCAACUGUGGAUCUGUAUUGGAGGACCAAAUUAUUGUUUCAGAGGUCCAGUUUGAGGAACAUGCCAGUGGAGGAUCAUCUGUCAUUGGGCAGUUUGUAUCCAGUGAUGGGAUGAAAACUCAUUCAUUAGGUAUAAGCUUUCCAAGAGGAAUGAAGAGAGAAUCUCGUACUGUCACUUUUGAAAAUGGAAGAAGACGUAUCCAACAGCUUGGUGCACAGUUAAAGCUGAACCAACAUUGUAUAGACACUGCUUUCAACUUCUAUAAGAUGGCGGUAGUCAAGCAACUGACCCGUGGCCGUAAGACAGCCCAUGUGACUGCUGCCUGUCUGUAUCUAGUCUGUCGUACUGAAGGCACACCUCAUAUGCUGCUUGACUUCAGUGACCAACUUCAGAUCAAUGUAUACAGUCUUGGUAAAACCUACCUGCAACUGUCGCGUGAACUUUGUCUCAACAUUCCAGCAAUAGAUCCCUGCCUUUACAUACAGAGAUUUGCACACAAACUAGAAUUUGAGGAUAAAACCCACGAUGUCUCUAUGAUUGCUCUGCGACUUGUUCAGAGGAUGAAGAGAGACUGGAUGCAUACUGGCCGCCGGCCCUCAGGACUUUGUGGUGCAGCUUUGCUGGUGGCAGCAAGAAUGUCAAAUUUCAACAGAAGUGUUAAAGAUAUCAUCAAAGUUGUGAAAGUGUGUGACACAACCAUCAGGAAAAGACUGGCUGAGUUCCAAGACACACCCUCCAGUCAGUUAACUAUUGAAGAAUUUCAGAAUAUUGACCUAGAAGCUGAACAUGAUCCCCCAUCUUUCACAGAAGGCAAGAAACGGGCACAACAAGCUAAGCUCAAUGCACAGCUUGAAGAAAAGAACAAAUUGAAUGAACUCACAUGUGAAGUAUCAGAAAUUCAGGAACAGAUUGAAAAGUCUUUGCAACCUCCAAAACCAAGAGGGAUCUGGGCUGCAUAUUCAAAAACAACACCAAGCACACCACCAGAAUCAUCAGCAGGGGUUGAGGAAAUAAAAAAAGUUGAAAAAUUCUUGGAGAAAGAAACUUUAGCAGGAUGUGUAGAUGAGAAAUCUUUGUCCUGUGUAAGUGGAUCUAGUACCAAGAAUUCUGAGUCUAAUUCAGCAGCCACGAGCCCAUCCUUCAUGGCAUCCUGUACCACUGGCCCGACCGGCAAAGAUUUGGGUAUAAGUGAAGCUGUCAAGGAGUGCUUAACUAGUGAUGAGACACCAGUUGAUGCAGCUGAUAAUACAAUAGGAGAGCUGGAUCUGGCAGGCAUAGAUGAUGAUGAAUUAGAUAAGAUGCUGCUGAGUGAGGAUGAAGUCAAGAUAAAAACCGACAUUUGGAUGAAAGAAAAUGGUGAAUUCCUUCAAGCUCAAAAAGAAAAACAGGAAAGAAUUGCUAGAGAAAAAGAACUUGAGGAACAAAAUCCUGACAAGAAAAAGAAAAAGAAAUACCAGAAAAGAAAGCCAACUCACACAACACCAGCUGCAUCAGGGGAAGAAGCCAUUGUCCGACUGAUACAGGAGAAAAAAAUCUCAACCAAGAUUAAUUACGAUGUCCUAAAUGAUCUCAAAGUACAAGGGUCCCGUGCUCCCAAGACUACCUCCCUCCUCAAGUUUAAUCCUUUUGACAGCAGCAACAGUAUACCGCCAGCAUUAAAUAGAUUAAGAAAACCAAGCUUAUCUUCAGGUUUUAAAGAAGAACAGGAACCUUCAGCUAAGAAAGUUAAAUUAGAGAUUCAGACAGCGGAGACCUCUGAUGUGGUGAUUGAGAGUGGACCUGUACAGUACACAGAUCUCAAGGAAGAGGAGCUUGCAGAAGAUGAGGAAGAUUAUGAAGAAGAAGAGGAAGAACACCUCGUUAGUGCUGGGCAGUUACUUGGUCAUGGGAUUGAUACAGGAUACGACCAUGAUGAUCAUGAAAUGUAUGACGUCGACUGAUCCAUGCCUAAGUCAUCACAACCUUAUCACCAAAUACAUGGAGUGCAAUAUUUCUUUAUUUAAAUACUUAGGCAUGUACAAUGUAUUUAUGAACUUCUUUCCUGCCUACACUAGAAACUCUCUUUAUAACACUAUCUAAUAUCUGUACAAAAAUAAUUACAGAUUAAAAUAAUUUGGCUUUAAUGCCUUUAGGGCUUUCAUUCUACACAAGAAAUAGAGUUUGGUGUCUGUAUAAAACUUUCCUGGGUUCUUUAUGAUUCGAAGAAGUUAUCAUGUACUAUGUCACAGAGGAAAGCACUGUAUGUAUUUUAUGAAAGUUGGUCUUCAAGACAUAACAUCUACAUCAAUACUUUUGUAUGGAACUUCAGUGUAUUAAAAGAUCAAUGAAAGCUGUGAUAUAUGGACUUUUAAGGAUAGGUAUCUGAUGAAUAAUUAACUCUUAAAACUUUCUACAUUGUACAUGUAUAAUAUUAUGCUUUUGAUGUCAUUGUUAUUCUACUCUUAACUAUGGACAUUCAUAGCAAGAAGACAAACCUAUUUAUUAAAUGUAUUUAUUAAUAUUUGAUCUUUAAAUAUUGAUACAUUUGUAUAUGUUGAAUAAAUCCUAUAUUAUUUAUAAUGUUCCAAUGCUUGGGUCCUGGGCAGUUUAGUUUUGAAGUAUUUUAGUUGAGUUCAUGUCAAAUGAGCAAGAUUGAAAUGUUUUUUAUUCAUGUUUUAUUUGUCUAAUCAACAAAAUGUUCACAUUAUUAAGCAUGAGUGUGGAAACAUAAGACAUUAUACACUUUUCACAAGUAUUACCUCAGGGCAUUACAAUUUUAGAUGGGACCAGUAGUCUCAAUAUUGUAUCGAACUGUAUAAAGAGCUUUUACAUUGUCAUUUGUGGAUUUUAAGUUUCCCCAUAGUAGAGUAUUUAAUGUGUGUGAAGCUAAUACAUAAUAUAGUUAUACUUGAUAAUAUUGACUACUAUUGAUAUGACCAGUUUGAUAUUUUAUAGGGAUUCCUGACUUUUACCAAACUUCAUUUAACAUCUUACCUCUAAGCUGAAAGAAUUUCUACAAAUACAUUACCUAUACACUUUAUAAACGAUCUGACAGGGUUUAUUUAUUAGCUCGAUUCAUCUCCCUAAGCCAAGCCAGGGUUAUUUGAGGCACAGAGAAGGUGGCGACUACCUCACUGAACUAUAUACAGAAGGCUAUUAAUCCCAACCUUAUGGUUGAUCAGACAGGGAUUCCUCAUUCACAAUAAUUACAUGUAUCACAACAAAUUUAAAAUGAUGUCCCAUUGUCAUUUAAAUCCAAUUGCAAUGUCUUUCAUUGGUGUAAUAUCAAUACAAUUAACAUCAUAAAAGGUCAACAGCGAAAGAGAAAAGGAUUCGGUCACUCCACUGGAGUCGGAACAAGGAUCUCAACUCAAGAUCGUAACUCUGAGAGCAAGAUUCUUAAGGUGCCAAACACUCGCAAGCCCCAGGUUCGUCAACUUAGAAUCUUCCCUCUCAGGUUGUGAAUUUCCUGUUUCAGUUUCAAGGGGGUUCUAUUAUGCCUGAAAAGUAACUUCAAAGUAACUACAGUGAAUCAUAAUGACUUUAAAUACAGGGCUUGUUUUCAUUUCCAACGAUAUUUUCUAAUUUAUUUAUAAAAUUUAUUAAAAAUCAUGUUGUGUUGUAUGUGGACAUGUUCUCUGUCGAUACAAGGUUGUGAAACUUGUAUUCAACACAUAAGAUAAUGAAUAAACACUAAACAAUGACAGUUUUCAGGUCCAUAUCACUGUGAAAUCAAGGUUACAUUUUUUUUGGUAUAAUAAAGCAAAAUAAACUAUAACAUGUG